CUCCCGUCAACGCGCCAUUUCCCAUUUACCUACCACCACCGUAGCGUUACCCGAGUCCCAUUAGAAAAAAAACAAUAGAACUUUAGACGAUUAAUUAUCGAUAAUUGGAAAUCAAAUCGGUAUUUAGUGAGUGUGUGACUGCCAGUGAUGUGUUGUGUUCUUUUUUUGAAAUGAAAAGGUGACUAGUUUUACUUCUUUUUUCAUAUAAUUAAGCAUUUUUUAUCUGUGGCUGCACUAAUCAUUGGCCGAUUCCUGGCGCUAGAAUGCGCGAUACUUUUGAUUAAAUCGGAGUUGAAAUGAAGGACAGGAUAGAUACAUCACAAACGCUUGACCUCUUACGAAGAACAAAAUUACAAAGGUGCGCGAUGCCGUCGCGACGGUGGUAGAGCACCGGAGGGCGGCCGGAUGCGGCCCGCGCGUGCCCGUCCGCCCGCCGCCUCCGUCACUUAGCGCCGCCCGCGCUCCCGCCGCGCUGCGACUAUGCGCAUGGCAAGCGCCCUGCCCACUCUGCUCGCGGUGCUGUGUGGUGCAGUGGCGGACGCGGGCGACAUGAUAGCCAACGUGAGCCGCGUGCGCCGCGCGCCACAGCCUCACUACUCGCACCGCGUCGUGACGGACGAGGAUUUCGACAUGACUGCGGCAGCGGCGUGGAAGCGCUCGCACUGGCGCGACAUGCAGUCCAUACUCCGACGCGAGGGCAACCAGAAGGAGGGCGUGCAGUGUUGCCCCUCCGUCCUCGAGAUGGUCACCAAGAAGGGAGGGCGCACCCCCACCGGUCUCUACGUGGAACUCUACGAGGACGGGGAGAACCAGCAGAGACUGUUCGAGGUGUCGUGUGCCCCCAACGUGGUUGACAAGCCGUGCCGCUUCGUCGACGCGCGACUGUACAACGAAUCGAGGUGCAUCCAAAAGUACUCAUAUUCGUACGCUCUCGUGCGAUACCUGCACUCAGCCGCGACGGAGACGCCGCAGCCGCGGACCGAGGGCCACUUCUCUGUGCCAGGCUCCGGCGGCUGGUCCAUGGACUAUGUGCGUGUGCGCGCCGGUUGUGAGUGCCAAAUUAAACCCAAAACAAAUAAACCCGCCCGCAGAAGACACAAGCAGAGGAAGAGGAAUAGGAGAGUGGUGGAAGAUGACGAGACCUGAUUCUGGGCUCAGUGCUAGUGAAUUCGUGACUUUGAACAAAUUUGGGAUCGUCCCUUAGUAUUACGUUUACAAAGAUACCUUUUCUGAUGUUUUCUCUUCGGUUCGGAACAGUGUCGUGUACAGAACAGCAGCCGAGCUAUGACUGUCAGCGCCGCGCUGUGCGCUGCGGAUGGUUUCUCGUUACCUACUUCAAGUGCACACUUGAGCGGUACUCUGCUGUCGGUCGAUGUAUCAAUGUAUUUAUUUUAUUUUUCGUCUAUAUUACGCUUCUUGUUGUAGUCCGUUAGUAAUUCUCGAUCUUAUGAAAUUAAAGUGCCUUUUAGUGCCUUAGAUUUAAAUAGUUCACUAUGUGCUGGGAAUUGUUGAAAUUUUGAUUCCAAUGCGUUAUCUGUAUGUUUAGUAUUAAAUGUAAAGACUAAUGUCACACGAAUAGUGAAAGAUCAAUAAUCGAAAUCUUAGCUAUUAGUUGAAAAUCAUCACAAGUUUAGUAAUGUUGACUAAUGUUCCCGAGGUGACGUUACUACCAUGUCCGACUCUUUAAUAUUCAUACAAAAUGAUAUUCGUGUGACACUCGCUUACAAACUACAUGAUAAUGUAAUAGUUACCGGUUGAUCGAGGUGCAUAGAUGUAAUACGACUUCACUGCGCUGCCGCUACACUUUCAAUUAAUUUUAAGUUAAAAAACAACGUUUUGUAUGUACCACGUACUACGAUCAGCACCAAGAACAGAAUGGUCCAUGCAAUAGUAUUUCACUGAGCUUGUAUUUCCGAAAUUUGGCUAUUUCCCAAAUAAUUUCUCGGGAUUGAAUUCCAAGCUAGUAUUCAUCCAGAUGUCGGGCAUAUCAGUAUCGUACAGUUUCACAACUCUCUGGCUGGAAUAAUUCUUUCUUUACGUUUCCAGUAAUUCUUUCUUGUCAUCCAUAGCUCUUUCACUUCUAGCAUUUCUAGUUUUAAUAAAACUGAACUGUUUCUUCGCUAUUUGUAUUUAGUUUCCCUUGUGUUUCCCUUGUGUUUCUUCUCCGUUAGUUAUUGUAUUUGUUUCAUCUGCCUAGUCCAUAGUACAUGGUACAUGAAUUUCGUUGAUAAUAACAGUAAAGAGCAGUCUGUGAUCACUUCUACACGUUCAAUAAGCCGUAGUGGAGUCACAAUGAUUCUCUUGCGAAACAAUGUAUUUAAUGAUAGUGCCUAAUAUUUCAUGAUUAAAUCAAUAAAAUAAAUUUAAAGAAUAUUUGUAAUAAGUAGUUUGCCUAAUAUCUUUUCUCUUCUACUCAUCCACAUUGUUUGGUCUACCAUUGAGAUAAUACCUACAUAUUUCAUUGUCAUUAACUUUAUCGGCAGCUACUACCUACGUCUUUUAAGUAUUUCUAGUAUACACUAUCAUCUUUAUUUUUAAAAUUGUUCCACGCGCUACUUUUUUCUGCUAAUGCCUUUCGGUUUUCGCCAAAGUUUUAGCAGAUGGUUGUUUCACAUGAGGAUCAUUGCCAGAUAAAGUCGUUCCACUGAUUAUAAUGCUCUCUUCCCUUUUAAAAUUAAGGAUAUUUAUUCAAAGUUAACAAUUUAUAAUUUUUUUGUUAUUAUUUGUAACAGUACUUACUUCUUAAACAUAAGUGCGUCGAGUCAAAGAUCUGUAUUAUUUUCUAUUUUGUAAUACUUUUAUUGUAUUUAAAAAUGUAGUUAUAUUUUUAAGGAUUAAUUUCAUUCUAUUUAUACUGUUUAAUACGAGGUAUUCCGAUAUACAGUAUGAAUGCUAGUUUGUACGUAGAAAUCGCUUCCAUAAAAUAUAAUUGAUGUAUAUAAAUAACGCAAUAGUAUUGUGGACUGAGAUUAUUUUGUGCAUUUAGAUGUGUAAUAACAGAACGAGAGAAUAUUUUUAUAAUAAGAUAACGCUAUCCAUCGACAAUAAAAUUUUAAUAUCAACAUGCAGCGUCAUCUCUUGACGAGUAGUGGCAACCAUUUAAUUUGUGGGUUAACUGCUAGAUGUCGCUGUCUUCAUAUACCUGUCUAACAUUACGCAGAACAGUGCCAUGUUUAAUUAAUUUUAAUUAAGUAACUCAAUAAAAUGAUUUAUUGGUUUACUGAAUAAUAAAUAGAGAUGUUAAUGCAUGUAUAUGUAUAGUUCUAUUACCAGUUGACAUUCAAUGUACUUACCAUCGAGAUGCUUACAUCAACAAAAUUUAUGUAAUAACGAAAUAAUAAUAUCCAAGUGCAAUGUGUCAUAGUUGGUAUACCUGUAAAGUAUUUAAUUAAGUAAUUACAAAUCAUGCAAACUACUAUAACAAUGUUAUCCAUCAUCACAACAGCUAUACGUUAUUUUAUUGUUGACAUCAAAAACAAAACUUUAAAUAAAAUAAAAAUCUGAAAUAGCAAAAA